ACUUCUUUGUAAUUUCUAAUGCUUCCUCGUCUUGCCCUACUAUCCCUUGCUACAAGCCUACUACUAUCAGUGUCUGCCAAAGAUGAUUUUGCGACCUACAGUGUGAUUGGCUUGACCACUGACGAGAAACAUUCUUCUGAUACCUCUAUUGGAGUCUUGGUCAAUGGUCAAAUUUACGCUCUCAAUCCAACUGACUCUAGCACAAUUCUCCACCAAGGAGAGGCCCCUUCUGGAUACGCAUAUCGUUAUGUUAAAUUAAGCAAGGGGACCAACAAGACUGUUGACCAAGAACCCUUUGAACGUGAUCCUCUUACCAGUUCAAAUACCCUGAAUGAAUUCUAUGGCCGUUCCUGGACAAAAAAGUCACUCAAAACCUUUUCUGCACUCCCUGGAUACCCAAAAACCUAUGACCGUUUGGACUCCCAGUAUCAUGCAGAAAACGAAAUCCCCACAUGUCACAUUGUCGCAAACCAGGCAGACAUUGACCGUCUUCAUGGAUAUUAUCUUCAAGAUAUUGACAUCCGCGUCAACAUGACGUACAUCAGUGCAAACAAAAUUGAUAAAGUACACGAUGCAAAACUGAAAAUAGGUGGCCGAUCAUCACGCUAUUUGACAAAGUUUGCUUAUAAUCUCAAUCUACCAAAAGGUCAAGACUUUGAAGGCUAUCGCAAGCUGAAAUUUAGAUCGCCCGCAACAGAUCCCAGCUACAUGCGAGAAAAGCUAGCUCUUGACAUGCUUCACUCAACUGGUGUUCCAGCCAGCAAGGCUUCCUAUGUUAGACUCUUUAUCAAUCAGCAGGCCAUUGGGUUGUUUGUAUUUGCCGAAAAAUACGAUGAUACUUGGCUUACCAAUGAGUUCAAUGGCGGAAAGAAGCCUUAUGACUAUGGAAUGCUUUAUGAAGGAAAGGGAGGUAGCCAGAGCACAAAAUCAAAGGCAGAUUUGAGCUACCAUGGAGACGACACCGAAUACUACAGUCAAAGUGGCUAUGAUAUUGAGGAGGCCCCAAAAACCGAGACCGAGCCUCUGAGUGAGCUCAUUAGCUUUACAAAGUUCAUUGAUGAGCAAUUGAAAAUCCAGGAAUCAGGACAAAUUGUGGCCGACAGUACGACAUUGGAAAUCUGGGAAAACAAGCUUGAUGUGAACGGAUUUUUAAUCAAUAUGGCAUUUGAAUUCCUCAAUGGUUACUCUGAUGGUUAUCUCCAAAAUACCGACAAUUAUUACCUCUACAAGGAUCCUUCUCAAGAUCGGUUCAGAUGGAUAAGCUGGGAUCUCGACUACGUGAUGGGAAGUGGGCCUGUGUCGAUGAAGAAGGUCGCCGAAGGAGAUUAUAAGAAAUUUGGCGGAAUUUCUAUCCGACCCCUGAUGAAGGCUGUUCUCAACGUUCCUAGUUACCGAACACAAUUUGAGAACCAUAUCCUGACCUUCAUUGACUCGGUCUACAAGCCCUCGAUUGCAAACCAGGUUAUUGACUCGCACGUCGAGUUCUUAAAGGAAGACGUCAGCUGGGAUAGCUCGCUGCCUCGGAUGCGCAAAGGACUGAACUUUAUUCCGGUUGGACCUCACACCUUGGAGAACGUUAUACACAACAAUGCAACAGGUGGUGACACAUCAAUUCCUCUGGCCAUCAGUUACCUCAAUGCUAUCGAGUUCAUUGCCCGCCUCAAUAGUAAGGUUAGCCUUGAGCGUGCUGUGAAUGGAAAAACCCGACAUUCGUCUCUCUAUGCACUCAAAAAGUGGUUCCAAGUUAAGACCGACAAUGUCCGCCAGGCAAUGCUUUAACCACCAAAUAUUAAUAUCCCUUACUCCUUAUUAUUACUACCAUUAUUAUUAAUAAUAAUAAUAAUAAUAAUAAUUAGGCUGAUACUAAGACUAUCAUAUCCAUGUGUACAGUGCUUCUAACAAGCAAUGGUCGCAACCAAUCAAAAUCGAUAUCAUUAGCCAAUAAAAAUCAAUUUCGUAUUUUUAGAAAUGU